AUGAACUUGAGGUGCAGCCGCCUCAUGCAGCAUCGCAUCAGCUGCCUCCGCGCUGCACCAUCUCACAGUGUCACAGCUACAUCUUUACCGAGAGUUCAUCUUCCGUCCAGAAUGAGCUCAUCCGCCGCCACAAGCGCGCGCAGCUACGACGCCGCCCUCGCCAAGCUCAACCUGCUGGCCUCGAACCGCACCAUCACCACGCUCUUUGAGAAGCCGCGGCAGCAGGACACCAGUGCCCCAGCGUCAUCUCCCCCAUCUCCUCCCCAAGAUCUCAACGCGCAGGCGAUUCCCGAGAUGCUCGCGUGGCUCCGCCGAGCCGGAUACACGCCGCGCGACCUCGCCGCCAUGCGGCACAUUCACGUCGCGGGGACCAAGGGCAAGGGCUCCGUCUGCGCCUUUGCGACGUCGCUCCUGCGCACGGCGUGCCAACGAAAUGAUGACCAGCAACGGCCUGUGGGUACGUACAUGAGCCCGCACCUCGUCAGCCCGCGGGAGCGCAUCGCGAUUGACGGCGCGCCGGUGAGCCAGGCGGUGUUUGCCGAGGCGUUUUGGCAGCUGUGGGAGCGCUUCACGGCGGCGGCCGUGGCCGAGGGCCAGCCGCGCGCAGUGGCCGAGGGCGCCUCGUCGAAGCCGUUUUACUUUCGCUUCCUGACGAUUCUGGCCUGGCACAUUUUCCUGCAGCGCGGCGUGCGGGACGUUGUCAUGGAGUGCGGCAUCGGCGGCGAGCACGACGCGACCAACGUGCUGCCCCCCGAGGCGGUCUCGGCCGCCGUGGUGUCGCAGCUCGGCAUCGACCACGUCGCUAUGCUGGGCGACACCGUGGAGAAGAUUGCGUGGCACAAAGCGGGCAUCCUGAAGCCCGGCGUGACGGGCUUCACGCUGGGCUUGGAGAGGGAGCCCGCGGUCAUGCAGGUUCUGCGGCAGAGGGCUGCGGGGCGUGGCGCGAGGUUCGUCGAGGUGGACGAGGCGGCGGUAGAUGCCUGGCCUGGGGUGGAGAGCGCGCUGCGCGGGGACUUUCAGAAGCGCAACCAGGCGCUCGCUGUGCUGGCCGUGCAGCAGCACCUCGGGAUCCGGGACGAGACAGCCUCGACGGCAGAGGCGCUGGCGCAUCUCUCCGCGGACAUGGUGCAGGGACUGCGCGAAGCGACGCUGCGAGGACGCUGCGAGAUUAUCCACGAUGAGCAGCAUGGCGUGGAGUGGAUGCUGGAUGGCGCGCAUACGCGAGACAGCAUCGUAGAGGUGGCCAAGUGGCUGGCGCAGAGCGUGUCCGAGGAUGAGUCAGUGACCUUGAUAUUCAACCAGCAAGAGCGCGAUGCGCCAAAGCUUCUGGGGUAUCUCAUUGACAGUGUAGCGGCAGCGACAAAGGGCAGGAAUGUCUUUGCGCGAGCGCUGUUUACGAGGAAUGAGCAGACGGCGUCGGACCACGGCGGCGAUUUGAGCGUGCAGAAUGCUCUCGCAGAGGCCAUGGGGACGCUUGUGCCGGAAUGUCGGGCGAGUAUCUUUGAUAAUGUCCAGAGUGCCGUGGCAGAAGUGAGAAAGACGUCGGCGGCGGCGGCGGCGACGGGUGGACUCGGCAAGAAGCAAAAGGUGCUGGUCACUGGGAGUUUACAUCUCGUCGGAGGUAUCAUGCGGGCCAUCGAACCCGACAGUCUAUUGUGA